AUGAAGUCUUCCACUACUUUCUUGGCCCUCGUGGCUGCUGUCCACGCCUCACCCAUCUCCAAGCGUGAUCAACCAUUUGAUACCAAAGAAAGUCUCUGCAAAGAUAAAGCGUGGCAGCUCGACACUGUCGAGGGUGCUUCUAAUGUCUGGGAAACGACUGGUGCUAGCGACGGACUCGACAACCAAAUCAUGGGACAAUGGGAACACGAGACCAACUGGCUCUUCAACCUGGAGCAUGCAAUUAACAACGGCAGCGGAAACCUUGGCAUGUCUGGCUGCGGUCUUAUUGCCAGUACUGAGUGCUUGCCUCAGGGCGCCGAAAGUUGCGAGGAACACUUUGACAAGUACGGCACGAGUGGAGAUCCCUUGAAGGAUCCCAUUGGCAGAACCUCGUACUGGAUCUUCCAGGCCAUCAAGGGAAUGCACAGCAAGUUCCAGAUGCUUCACAGUGAACUGGUGGAGCAGACUAUCAUCACAAACCUUCAAAUUGGCGAGAUGGUCGCAGACUUCCAAGGAGCCGAAGACAAGACUGAAGAUGUCUUGAAGUGGCUCUCUGCCGCUGUUGGCUUGGGAAGUACCAUCGGUGGUCUCGUUCCCGGCGGAGCUGGAGAGGCUAUGUCUACUGGUUUCGACAUCAUGGGCGGCGUCUUCGACAUCAUCGCCGACGAGACAAAGCCAGAGGAGAUUGACCAGGGCACCAUCUCAGCUGCCCUGGGCGCUAUCUUCCAGCGCUCAUCUGAACAGCUAAAGAAGACCAUGAGACUGGCUACAGGUACGCUCGAGAAGGGUGAGACAGCGGAUGCUUUCAAUAGCCUCCCCGCCUCCAAGAAGUACGGCCCCUGGAUCCACUCGCCCAUCACCAGGUUCUUCAACGGCGGCUGGUUCCUCCUCAGCGACAGAGCCGAGCCCGUCCAGAACCUCAUCAAAUCUAUCUCUGGAAACAUCAAGCCCAAGAUCGCCAACAACGUCAUGAAGGCCGCCAACCUGCGCCUCGUUGCCGACAAGCGCGUCGGAAGCCAGGAGGACUGCGGUUACGCUACAGGUCGUCAGUGGAUGAACUUCAAGGACAGCGAGUUCUACUGCUUUUACAUCGCCAGAAUUGAUGAGCACGGUGUUUACGGCGAGAAGUACGAUGAGGCUACUGAGGAUAUCUACGCCAACAUGGCCAAGUACGGCCUUGGUAACAGGGAUCCUUACUACCGCGCUAUUCUUGACUGUGCUACCAGCGGAGAAGCGGGUCUUAACGUGGACAACUUGGGUUUUAACAACAUUCCUGUUUGUUUCUUUGAUCUUCCGGCUUACUGGCUUGAGCGCAAUGAUGGUCCUGAGUGCACAUCUAACAUGAUCAACAAGGCAUGCAACCCCACCAAGUCCAGCCCUAUUGCUUAG